GGUCGGCAAUAGAAUUAUAGUUCAAUCGCUAGCUUCAAUCAGUAAACAGUGAAACCAACCCGAACCAAAUCAAGAUGUUCACCAAAUUGAUCUGCAUCGCCGCCCUGGCCAUCACGUGCGUCUGCGCUACUCCUGGAUUCGGUCCCGUUGCCUACUCUUCACCAUUGGUGGCCGCUCAUGCUCCAGCGGUUGUAACCGCUCAGAGUUCCCAGGUCAUCGCCCGCAACUACAACGGAAUUGCUCCUCUGGCUUACACCGCUGCCGUAGCAGCUCCAUUGGCUUACACCACCCCAGUUGCCAGGGUUGCCGCUCCUUUGGCCUACGCUGCUCCAGUCGCCAAGGUUGCUGCUCCAGUGGCCUAUGCCGCUCCUUAUGCUGCUCCUUACGCCGCACCUUAUGCCGCUGCUUAUGCCACACCUUAUGCUGCUCCUUACGCCGCUCCCUACGCCGCUGCUUAUGCUGCUCCUUACGCGUCUCCUUAUGCUGCUUACCGUUACAGCCCAUACCAACUUCUUCUAGCUCUUCGGCAGAACCACUCAAGCAAACCCCAAAUCAAAAUGUUUUCCAAACUGAUCGUCCUUGCGCUCGCUAUCGCUGCCGUGGCUGCCCGUCCAGGGAUCUCGGCCGUCACCAGCUAUAGCUCACCAACAGUGGUUAGUGGCUUCGCCCCAGCUGUGGUCGCUGCUCGUAGCCCGUACGUCACCAGCACCUACAACGGAGUCGCUUCCCCGGUUGCUUACUCCAGCUAUGCUGCCGCCCCAGUUGCUUACUCUAGCUAUGCUGCUGCCCCGGUUGCUUACUCCAGCUAUGCUGCUCCACGCUUCUCUGCUUAUGCCGCUCCAGGUGUCUCUGCCUACGCUGCUCCGGUGUCCUCGUACUCCUAUGGAUCUCCUCUGACUUACUCGACCUACGGAGCCUCUCCAUAUACCGUCUACUAAAGAGGUA